UUCGUAACCCAUGCUAUUCUAUCUUUGCGUAUCUUAUCCACUCCUUUCUAUUUUUCUACUACUAAUAUCAAGAAACAUUUGCACUGCCCAAAAUCAAACUAACGAUCAAAAGGAUUUGGACGUAGCUUCUGAUGCUGCAGGUAACGAGGGAGAUGAGGAUAUAUACAAACCACCGAAAUACGCGAUACUAGCAUCCAUUCGACAUGGGGACAGCUUCAGUGGCGUAAUGAACUUCACUCAUCGAUGUUCAGGAGUACUGGUGACACCAUCAAUCGUUGCGACUGUUGCGCAUUGUCUUCAUGAUCAGUAUGGAAAUUACUUUUUUGAACCGGCUACAUACCGUGUUGUCAUUGGCUCAGAACUUAGCGCUGAAGAUUCCAAGUUCUUAUUGGUAUCCGACUUGAAGGUACAUAGAAGAUAUUUAAUAGAGAACAAAGUGCAUGAUUUCGCAAUGCUGAAACUAAAAGAACCACAAUCCAUCGUAGUGCCUGCUUUAUCCAGUUUACGUUCAACCAAUCUUCCCAAUUUCACAGAAUGCAUAUUUUACGGUUGGAUUUUCAUGACUGGAGAUGAUGUGAUCGCUGGCAAUUUGACGUUUAUGCAUUUUCGAACGGAUUACAAGAACAAGCCGAGUUGCUACUCGGAAAUGGCAACCUCUCAGAGCUAUAUAGUACCACAGGCUCUGUGCUUUGUGGUGCCGAGGUUGAUAAAGUGCGCAUGCCUAUAUAACGCUGGAGCGCCUGUUUUCUGUCUGGAUACUGUUGUUGGAUUACUCUCGUACAUGCCAGUAUCUUUUCAGUCUGAAACAACGGACAAUUUGGCACUCUUCACUUUAAUAUCUGAUUACGUAGACUUGAUUAAGGCCUUUUCGAGACAGAGCUCAUCAUCAAGGUUAGCUGGCAUUAUGAAGAACUUUGCUUUUGUACUAGUUUACGUGUAUUUUGUGAAAAUAAUGUUGUUCCGUGAAUAAAAACUGGUAACCAAUCAA